UCGUAAUAGUACCCCAGAAUGCACCGGUCAACAUGUUACACUACGUGAUGCCUGUAGAUCGUACAUCAGUCAAUAAGUAUACAUUUGCUCACUUUGUAAGUUAAAUGUAUUUUCGAUCAAUUAAGAGUAUACAUCAGAGGUUGUGCUUGAUUCCAAAUAAUCGUCUGGGGCAUUAAGUAAACAGUGGAAGAACAAUGAAGACACUGCAACAUAGAUAGGAAAAUAAGUUGACAGCAGUGCCACAAUGUCUAGGUCCUCAGAGGAGGUGUACCUGAUCAUCAACCAUGUGAAGCAUAAGAAGACAGAGGGCACUCUCUAUUUGAUGGGGGAGCGUAUUGCAUGGAUGCCUGAUGGGAAGGACAGCUUUUCAAUAAGCCAUCUCUAUGCUGACAUACGAGUCCAGAAGAUCUCUCCGGAGAGCAAAGAGAAGAUCCAGCUGCAGUUGGUGAUGCAUGAUGGCAGUGCUAACACAUUUCAGUUCUCCAACCCCAUGGGGAGAGCUAGCCAGCUCAAAGACAGGGAAAGUGCAAAGGAGCUGUUACAACAGUUAUUACCAAAGUUUAGAAGAAAGAUUAAUAAUGAACUUGAGGAAAAGAAUAGGAUGCUUCAGGAGGAUCCUGAAUUAUUUCAGCUGUACAAAGAUCUAGUUGUUAGUGGAGUUAUCUCUGCAGAUGAAUUCUGGGCCAGUAAGCAGGGACAGAAUCAGCAAGUCAGCAAUACCUCCGCCAAAGUCAACCAGGAUGUAGGGGUUUCACCAGCAUUCCUGGCAGACAUCAAGCCCCAAGCUGACGGGUGCAAUGGACUGAGAUACAACUUGACAGCAGAUAUUGUGGAAUCCAUAUUCAGGACAUAUCCUGCAGUGAAAAUGAAACAUGCAGAAAAUGUCCCAGACAAGAUAUCAGAGAAUGACUUUUGGACUCGGUUUUUCCAAUCCCAUUAUUUCCAUAGAGACAGAAUAAAUAUAAGCAACAAAGAUCUCUUCUCAGAAUGUGCCAAAAAAGAUGAAGAAGAUAUCCAACAAGAAAUACAAGAAAAAAUAAACGAUCCAUUGCUGGAUUUGACACAAAUGGCUGACAGCACCCUGGGGGAGGGGUAUGGCAGUACACGAGAUGACACCCAGAUUGCAACCAACCCAUCAAAUCUAUCUCUGAUACGACGCUUCAAUCACCAUUCAACAAUGGUAUUAAAAGCCUGUGAUAAGAAAACUCAACCAAGUUCAUCUUCAUCAUCAUUAUCAUCUUCAAAAAGUUCACAAGGGGCAGCCACUAAUGGCAGUUCAUCAUCCAUAGCAGCGCAUUUGAUGAUUAACGGGGACAGUAAUGGUGCCAGUGAGAAGGAAGGGGACCUGUCAUUACCUCCGUCUUCUAAGAAGGCAAAAUUAAAAGAAAAGAUUCAUCUGGAUGAUCUUGAGGAAGAAGGUGACAGCUCUGGUCCAGCCUUAAAUCUUGCCAAAAUGGAGCGCUACUUACACGGCCCCACCCCCAUCACGACAUCCCAGUACCACACCAGUGAAGACAUGAUCCAGGCCUCCUUUAACACUCAGAUGCAGGUGAAACACUGGAUCCCAAACCUCACACAGGUGAUGACCAGCAGCAGUGCAGUCAGCAUACUGGGGGAGAUAUCACCAGGGGGCGCUUUAAUGCAAGGAACGAGUCAACAGCAGUUAGAUCAAAUGGUGCCUGCAGAGAUCCAGCAAGAGCUGAGGAGUCUGUACCUUGCAUUGUGUGAACUGCUCCGACAUUUCUGGUCAUGUUUUCCUACAACCACUAAAGCACUAGAGGAAAAGGUUGUGAGAAUGAAAGCCAAUUUGGAGAGAUUCCAGUCAGCAAAACUGAAUGCUGUAAAAGCCAAACUGACUAGUUCUUAUACUGUCAAUCUGAUUGGCCAUAUGGAAGAAAUGCUAAAUGCUGCAUAUGCAAAGUUUGGAGCAUGGCAAAAUAAACGUCUUGGUAAGAAGUGAAGCGUAAUUGGCACCUUCAGUAGCCACCCAGCUCUCUCGGCCAUGAAGAAAGACUUGUCUGGAUUGUGCACUGGAGACAAAGAAAGCAGUUGACAGGAGGGUCCCAGGUGCUCCUUGCAAAUCACCUGGUGAUCCCCGCAAAUCAUGACGUACCCAAUACCAAUGUAAUACAAAGCCACCUUGGGAUGCCCUGACAUUGGACUGGUAUUUGACAGCCAGAGUGCUAGUGUUCAUGAUUUACAUGGGCCCAGUGAUGUGACUGGUAGAAAUGAAUAGAAUAAGAGUCUGGACUUUUCUGUGGUCUGAAAAGUGAGAAGUGAUACCAAGGGGGCAAUCAAAAUGGGCUAGGCAAUGUAAAACGACACAUUUGUGCUUUAUUGAGAGUCUUCAAGUUGCUCUUGGCUUGUGGUAGUUAUUGCUAGAUGCAUUCAUCAAGGCAGUUUAUCCACAUAAAAAUGACUUAUUGACAAGUGGUGGCCCAUUUGAGUCCACAGGUAUACCAGUGACACUGUGGAGGAUUUCCAUGAUUAAAGGUUAAAUAAACGGUGCAAUACUGAGAUAAUGAGUUGUAUGCAUAUCUUAUAUUGUUAAUAAAGAUCUGACAGUAGCUUUAACCAAAACUACUACCAUUCCAAUUUUGAAAGACUGAAUUGGGAAUAAAAAUGUUUUAUGAAAUUUA